GGGAAGUUGGUGACGUCACCGCGGUUGCACAAGGGGGGGUGGGGGUGCUGGUGACAACCCAACUUCUCCUUCGGGUCCCCAUUGUCACCAUGUCCGUCCGUCCUGGCACCGUGUCCGUCCGGCGGCUCCUCGUCCUCCUGGGGGCUGCGCUGACCUGCGGUGGCACCGGCGUGGACGUGGAGUCGGUGACAACGUUCGCCGGUGACGCCGGCGCCGCUUUCGGCCACAGCGUCGCCCAGUUCGGUGACGGGGUGCUGGUGGGCGCCCCGCUGCGCCGCAACGGCGACAACCGCUUGGGAGCCGUCUAUUGGUGCCACCAGCGCCUGGGGACGUGCCAGGAGGUUCCUGUCACCGGGGCCCCCAAUGCGUCGCUGGGGCUGGCGCUGGCAGCCGGGGACACCGAGGCCAUGGUGUGCGGCCCCACCGCCCCCCAGCUCUGCGGUCACAACGUCCACGUCCGCGGUUCCUGUGUCGUCCUGGAUCCCGCGCUGCAGCUGCUGCGGCGCCUCCCGGCGGCCACGCCGGAGUGCCCGCGGCGCCGCUCGGACAUCGCGGUGCUGGUGGACGGGUCGGGCAGCAUCAGCCGCCAGGACUUCAGCACCAUGAAGAACUUCGUGCUGGAGGUGAUGAGGAGGUUCCAGGGCACGGACACGCAGUUCGCGCUGUCCCAGUUCUCCCACCUCGUCUUCGACCACUUCAGCUUCUCGGCGUUCGCCGCGGCCGCCGACCCCGCGGCGCUGCUGGCGCCGGUUCAGCAGCUGGGGAGGACCACGCGCACGGCCACCGCCAUGCGACACGUGCUGACGAGCGCGUUUGUCCCCGGCAAGGGCGCGCGCACCGAUGCCACCAAGGUCCUGGUGGUCAUCACGGACGGGAAGAAGUUCGACGACCCGCUGGGCUACGAGGAGGUCGUCCCGCUGGCCGAGCGCAUGGGGGUGACGCGCUACGCCAUCGGGGUGGGCGGGGCGUUCCGGGACGCCGAGGCGCUGCGGGAGCUGCAGACCAUCGCGUCCCCGCCCCCGGAGCAGCACGUGUUCCGCGUCGACAACUUCCAGGCGCUGCGCGGGAUCCAGCAGCAGCUGCAGGACCAGAUCUUCGCCAUCGAGGGCACCCGCUCGGCGCACAGCAGCUCGUUCCAGCUGGAGAUGGCCCAGGAGGGGCUGAGCGCCCUGCUGACCCCCGAUGGGGCCGUCCUGGGAGCCGUGGGCGCCUACGACUGGUCGGGCGGAGCCGUUGUCACCGGCGCCGGAGGGGACACCGCGUUCGUCAACGCGUCGCGCGGGGACGGCGGGGACACCAGCGACGCCUACGCGGGGUACGCGGUGGAGCGCCUGUCCCUGGUUGGGGGGCGCGCGCUGGCCCUGGGCGCCCCCCGGUUCCGCCACGUCGGGCGCCUCCUGCUGUUCGUGCAGCGCCAGCCCGGGGACACCUGGGACCUGCGGGCAGAGGCCACCGGGACGCAGGUGGGCUCGUACUUCGGGGCGUCCCUGCUGGCCCUGGACGCGGACGGCGACGGCGCCGCCGAGGCGCUGCUGGUGGGGUCCCCCAUGUUCUUCGGGGGCGGCGGCGGCGGCCGCGUGUCCGUGUGUCCCCUGCGUCCCCGCGGAGGGCGGCUGCCGUGCCCUGGGACGCUGCGGGGACAGCCCGGGCACCCCCUGGGCCGCUUCGGGGCCUCGCUGGCCACGCUGGGCGACCUGGACGGCGACGGCAGAGCCGAGGUGGCCGUGGGGGCGCCCAUGGAGGAUGAGGGGGCGGGCGCCGUCUACGUGUUCCCGGGGGACGGCGGCGGCGUCAGGGACACCUACAGCCAGCGCGUCCCCGGACGCGGCUUCGCCGGCGCGCCGCGCUUCUUCGGCCAAUCGCUGAGCGGCGGGCGCGACGUGACCGGUGACAACCUGCCCGACGUGGCCGUGGGCGCGCGGGGACAGGUCCUGCUGCUCAGGGCCCCCCCGCUGCUGCGGCUCCGCGUGGCCGUGACCUUUGACCCCCGCGAGGUCCCCGCGGUCACCGAGUGUCCCCAAGGGGACGCGGCCCCGCGGGAGGUGGCCCGGGCCACCCUGUGCUUCAGCGCCACCAAGAGGACCCCGGACGCCUUCGGUGCCCAGGUGUCCAUGUCCCUGCGGUACCGGGUGUCCCUGGACCCCGGGCGCAUGAGGGUCCGCGCCGUGUUCCCCGGGGACGUCACCGUUGUCACCAGGACCCUGAGCCUGCGCCCGGGACGGACCUGCCAGAGCCUGCCCGUGGCCUUGGCCGGGUGUCCCCAGGACACGCUGACCCCCCUGAAGCUGCAGUUGAGCUACGAGGCCACCGGGGACCCCCUGGGGAUGGCCGGGGGGCUGAGACCGGCGCUGAGCCCCGACUCGGACACGGUGACAACGGCCACGCUCCCGUUCCAGCAGAACUGCGGCUCCGACGGCGUCUGCAGCGACGACCUGCGCGUCACCUGCGCCCUCACGGGGUUGGACACGCUGGUGGUGGGUGUCACCGAGUCCCUGGCUGUCACCGUCACUCUGGCCAAUCGCGGCGAGGACUCGUACGGGGCCCUUGUCACCCUGGGCCACCCGCGGGGGCUGCGCUACCAGCGCGGGACGGUCCUGCAGGCCAGCGGCCGCUCCGUGUCCCUGCGCUGCGGCGCGGACGCCCCCGAGGGACACGGGGACAGGGGACAGGGGGACGGGGGACAGGGGGACGCGGGGCGCGGGGCCACCUACUGCCUGGUCAACCCCCCCAUCUUCCGCGCCGGCUCCGAGGUGACGUUUGCCGUCACGCUGUCGGUGUCCCCGCUGGCGGAGCUCGGGGACGUGCUGGAGGUGACGGCCAACGCCAGCAGCCACAACGCGGUGACGGGGACGCGGGGACAUCGCGCGACCAUCCCGGUCAAGGUCGGGGUCACCGUGGUUGUGGCCAGCUCCCCGGACUCCACCAAGUUCGUCACCAUUUCCAAGGGAGAGGACAGAGCCAAUGUCACCCACACAUACCAGGUGAAGCUGCUGGGGGGCCGUGUCCCCCCCCUCAACAUCACCAUCCUGGUCCCCACGGCGCUGGGGGGGGACGCGCUUUGGGAGCGGCUGGAGGUGACACCCGAGGAGGACGCGGUUGAGUGCCGGGCGGUCGCUGAGCACCCGGGGCUCUCCCCGCCCCCCCCGCUGCGCGAGCGCCCCCUGCUGGACUGCGCGGUGGCCGGGUGCCGGGAGCUGCGGUGCCGGGUGCCCCCCCUGGAGCCGCCCCGGAGCCUGGCGGUCAGGGUGGGGGGCACGCUGCGGCUGGACUGGAUGGCCGGGCCGGCGCGGGCGCUGCUGCGCAGCUCGGCCCAGCUGCACUGGGACCAGCGCAGAUACCGCAACAGCGCGGGGGGGCAGCGCCUGCAGGUGCAGACGGAGCUGGAGGCCCGGAGCCCCCCCAACCCCCUGCCCCACAUCCUGGGGGGCACCGCGGGGGGGCUGCUGCUGCUGGGGCGCGGCCUGGGGCUCUACAAGUUGGGGUUUUUCAAGCGCCGCUACAAGGACCUGAUGGAGGGGGAGGGGGCGCCCACGGCCCCCCUGGGCGACCCCCAGCAGUGAGGGGACCCCCGGACGCCUGGGUCCCUCCCGGACGCCUGGGUCCCCCCCCUGAACACCUGUGUUCUCCCCCCGGACGCCUGGUCCCCUCCAAGAUUCCAAAGGGGUGACUCCGGACGCCUGGGUCCCUUCUGAGGGGGGGUCACCUGGACGCCUGGGUCCCUCCCCGGACGCCUGGGUCCCCCCAGUCUGCCAAUAAACCCGUUUGGCUGC